CUCCCGGGCGGCGCGCCGACUGGCAUCCAUCGCGCCGUGCCCCCUCCCUCUGCGCUCUCCUGAGCUGCACCGGCUUCUUUACCUUCACCUGCUCAACUGCGCACACGCUGCCCUUUGCUCGUCAAUUGGAACGUUCCCCGGAACCUUUGGCAGGGGAUCCCAGCGGAGGUAGCCGGCCACACUAACCGCUCAGACCAGCUCGCAGUCCGCGUUCACCACUCGAUCGCCGUGCGUCCUUUGUUUCGUUCGCCUCUCUCCGAGGUCGACACUCCCACCUGCUACCUCACAUUGAAGGCAGUGUGUAGCCCGUUUGUGUUGCAGCUUCCUUCCACCAUACUUGUUCGCCCUCAAAGUCGAGAUGGGUAUCUUCAGUCGCAAGAGCUCCAAACCCGCCAUCUCACCAAGUGGGAGCCAACCCAAUAUGAGCAACGGCUCCCUAAAAUCUCCGGUACCUUCCACGGCCAACGGAAAGUCUCCGAUGAGCUUCCCAGACGUGCCUCUCCCCAAGGCCCCAGAUCCAGCCUUGGACCCGGCCGGUUACCUUCGAAGCAUCUACGCUGUCAGGGAGCGUUCGAGACUGGUCCUCGAAAAGGCCAAGAAGAACCAGUUGAAGCACUUCACUGUUGACAUGUCCAAGUUUCAGGACACGGCGGCUUAUGUAGUGUCCAUCAUCAAGCGAGAUUAUGCGCCCGACUACGCCUCUAUACCUCCGCACGGCAGAUGGCAACACUUCGAUGUCGGCGGGCGGCCGCGAAUCGACCAGCUUAUGGCAUCGUGGCCAUCGACUGUCGACAACCAAGAGCGGACGCGCCGUUUAAUCGACCUCUUCCUCGUCUCCGUCCUCCUCGACGCCGGCGCGGGCACCAAGUGGCAGUACCGUAGCAAAGAGUCGGGCAGAAUCUAUCGGCGCAGCGAGGGUCUGGCGGUUGCCAGUUUGGAAAUGUUCAAGGCCGGUCUCUUCAGCAGCGACCCGAAUGAGCCCUGCCAGGUUGACAGCGCUGGGUUAAAGAAGCUGGACAUCAAGACACUGGCCCGGGGUCUUCAAGUCACCGACGACAACCCCAUUGAUGGUCUGCAGGGCCGCGCUGGACUGUUGAUGAGACUGGGAGACGCAUUGCAGAACCAGGAAGUUUUCGGACUAGAAGCCCGACCAGGAAACAUGCUUGACUACCUGCUCUCACAUCCCUCGACGCAAGCCUCGUCUAUCCCAAUCAUCCCAUUACCCACCCUCUGGAACGUUCUCAUGGACAGUCUGGCCCCUAUCUGGCCAUCAACACGCACACAAAUCGACGGAAUCCCCAUCGGCGAUGCCUGGCCUUGCUCGGUUAUGCCAUCGCAUCCUACACAUCCUUGGGAAAAUAUCGUUCCCUUCCAUAAGCUUACCCAAUGGUUAACCUACUCGUUGAUGGUACCCAUGACCAAACUACUCCACGUCCAUUUUGCCGGAGCGGAUCUCCUGACGGGCCUUCCGGAAUAUCGUAACGGUGGUCUUUUUGUUGAUACCGGCUUGUUGACCCUGAAGCCGGAGGACGCCAAGCGAGGGCUCGCACAGUAUCAACGGAACGCCCAGGUCAAGGGCCAACCGAAUAUGGAAGUUGUCCCGCUCUUUACGGCCGAUGACGACGUUAUUGUUGAGUGGCGCGCGGUCACAGUGGGAUUCCUCGAUGAGCUCUUGGCCGAGGUCAAUACCCUGCUGGGAUUGAGCGGGCGAGAUAAACUGAGUCUAGCCCAGAUGCUUGAGGCAGGCAGCUGGAAGGGUGGCCGAGAAAUCGCAGAAGUGUCGCGACCGAACACGAAAGAACCGCCCAUCAUGAUCCUGUCCGACGGAACUGUUUUCUAAGAUACCCUUGAUCUUCUUUCUUGUUCUGCCCUGCCUUCGAACCUUACGAAUGUGUGCGUGACUCACCUCCACGCCUCAACGGUUACUACCCUUCUUCGCCUGCGUCGCGUAUGCGAGACGUUUAUGAUCUACGGUUUACACGGUCGCUUGGGGUAUCCUCUUUCGUGUUUAUACUUUUUGGUGCCUCUUUUCCUGCCUUUAUCCGGCCAACCGAUCUAUUGAUCUACUAUUGAUCUACCUUGCGUAAGCGCGAGACGGAACCCUUUUCCUAUGUCCCUUCAUAUUCUGGAAUAGCGUUCGAUAAGGCUUCCAAGCUUUUGGUUAUACUGUAUACGGAUAGGUGGAUUGGAGACGGAGCCAUCUAGGGAUUCACAUUGGAAGUAGUCAAAUAAUUGAAGCUGACACUUUCCGGGCACAAAGCUUAAUCAUAUCAAUGGAGACGACUGUCGUCAAUUGACCUGUGGACUUGAUGGGUAGC